UCAACAUAAACGGAAAUACCGUCCAGCAUUUGCACUGACAACACCGUGAGAAGACGAUGUCGCCGAUUGCUUUGAUUCUGCCAGCAAUUUUUGCUCUGGCUAACUCUGAACUUGAGCCAAGAAUCAUAAACGGAACCGUGGCGAAGCCGGGCCAAAUUCCUUAUCAAGUCUCCCUGCAAACCUCGUCGAAUCAUUUCUGCGGCGGAUCGAUAUUGAACGCGGAUUACGUUAUUACAGCCGCACACUGUGUAGUCAGUAAGUCGCCCGCAAGCAUAACAGUCGUUGCUGGAACAGUGAACUUAACUCAACCAAAUUCAAUACACUCCGCCGAGAAGAUUUACUAUCACGACAAGUACAACGCGUCGGAUUCCUGGGUGAAUGACAUCGCUUUGAUCAAGGUGAAACCCCGUUUCGUGAAAUCCGCUCUGAUAUCAUUCGUCCCUCUGCCAAGCCCCUCGGAGGUCGUUAAAGCUAAUGACGAAGCCAUAGUCUCCGGAUUCGGCAGGCUCGCGUACGACGGCGAAAGGACGAAGCUUCUACACUGGGUCAACAUUACAAUCGCCAGCCAGAAGUAUUGCAGAGACAUUUAUCAGGGAGAGGAAAAUAUUUACGCGACGCACCUGUGCGCCUACGAUCCGACAGCUGUUAGGGGACAUUGCAAAGGAGACUCUGGCGGUCCGUUGAUGGUGCGUGGAAAGCUUGCAGGACUCGUGUCCUGGUCGUACAACUGUGCUAACACCGUGUAUCCGUCGGUGUACACGCGUGUAAGCUUCUACCUCGAUUGGAUUAAAAAAUAUGCAGUCUAAUUGUUAAAACAUUGUUUCGAUUGUGUAUUAAAGUGAAAUAAUUUUCUGCACUUUGUAA